AUGGCUUCAAAUUCAGUUGAAGUUGAUUCAGAUGCGACCAUCUCUGACCUGAGUUCAUCUGGUGUCCUGGUUGACGAAAUACCUCCUCCUGUGCUAGAUGCACAAGAAGAAGAGGUUGCAAUGGAACAACGGAACAAAGAGACUUACAUUCAUAAGGACUACCGCCACCAGUUCCGUUCCAAAGGUGAAGUUGAACUGUUUGUGGAAUCUGAAGGAAUCGAAAAUGGCAUAUUUAAAGGAAGAAAAUUACAAAAGAAGAAGAUAGCUGGUAUGGAUGCUCAAGAUGCCGGAACAAGUAAAUCUGCUGGAAGAAGAGCAUCUGCCAACCAUGCUAGACCAAAAUGUUCGCUUGGCCUGAGUCGUCCAAUGGAUGAUGAAGAGAUGGCUCCUGGUUUUCCUUAG